CCUGGGCCUUGGUGAGGUUUGGUUCGAAGGAUUUCAGUGUUUUGCUGCAGUUGUUCAUGGAUUCGUGUAGGGCGUCUGCUGCUUCUUCAAAGCGCUCUGCUGCUGUCGCCGUAUCGUCUCUUUUCUCUUCUAUUUCCCUUUCCAUCUUUGCCUUUAAUCUUUCUGCUUCUUUCAGCGUGUUGUCUAGUCCUUCCGAUGUUGAUAAGAUCUUUGCUACGUGCGGGGCAAUUGCUGCUAUGACAUGUUCUGUGAUUCUGGGAGAGAGGUUGUUAGUGAUUUGGUUAGUUAUAUUUUCCGCUAUUUCGUUUGCUUCGUGCUUUUUCAUUAUGUACGCUACCGCUCUAAUGGCUUCUACUGCCGGUUAGGGGAAUUGACUUGAGUUGGGUGAUAUGGAACAUUACUGAGAUUAAGUGGGUUAGUGUAAAUGGUUCGUCGACAUGGCACAAUAGAUUUUUGUUUAGGUAUUCUUCUGCAUUUUCGAUGUUUUUGAUGGUACUUGGUAGCGCCUCGAUGUCUUCCUGGGAGAGGUUCGAUCUCCUGGUUUGACGUGUGGUAGCGAUCGUCGCUGAGGGUGAGGUGCUUUCUGUCGGCGUUCCAGUACCUUUGUUGGUGAUUUUCUUUGGUAUAGUCAUUUGCAAGGGUGUUUUUAUUGGUUUUGGAGUUGGGUGGGGUUUGCUGUGCGCCGUUGGGCGUCUUUUGUCGCCUUAGGGCGCUUUGUUGGUUGGUUUUUCUUCGGGGUCCUAGUCGGGGUGCCACUUGGUAUAUGACCAAGGUGCGAU